CGAUCUAGUCAAACUGGACGAUCUUCGCCGGCCUAGGUCUGCAGCGCCUCAAAGUACAGCAACUGCCACGCCCGCCAUCUCCGCUUGGUCUGCUGGUGUUUCACAGCCUGGAUCGGGAUAUCGAUCGAGCAUCGGCACGAACGAGGGACAGCAGCACCAUUUGCCCUUAUUGCACACCAUCCCCGGCAUUGGCAGGACGCCAUUCCCUUCCGAACUUGUCCCGCCCGAUAGUGAACCGAGGGGAUUGCCUGCAUCCGCACUACCGCUUAGAAACCCCGACCAAGCCGUUUUUGACAGCUCACGGUAAGUCUGGCAGUGUGUGCAUCUCUAGUCAGCCAGUCAGUCAAGACCGCGUUUACUAAGCACACAGGAUCUACCAGAGCUUUGAGAGCCUCACCCCAAUCGAUGCAUCCCGGAUCAGUGGCCUAUUUGACAUCCAACAUGGCACAUCAUUCACAAAAUUACGGCUGGCAGAAUCGCCUGCCUCAGCCGCUUCACCAUCCCUCGUCCAUGUCAAUGGACCAACAUCCGUUUCCCCCAGCGCAGACGCUCCCACCACAUCCGGGCUAUCCAGCCGCUUACCCGCCUCAACCAUCCGGCUCGCAAAGCUAUUACCAACCAGGGCUUCCAUCAACCCAAUAUCUGAUGCCCCAGAGUCGACAGCAGCCUCGAAGCUCCUCCAUACCAUAUUCUUAUCCUAGCAGUUCCGUCUCUGGCAGCCCACCAACUAUUCCAGAUCCGGCUUUUGCUUCAACGCCAUCGUCCUACCUUGUGAACCAACCAGACUAUUACAUGACCCCGAACUCUUCAUUAUCGCAAACCCCUAACUCGAUACCACAUCCACAAGCCCUCAUGCCCACUGGGACAGUGUAUUCCUCACCUGAAUCCGCGCACAACUCCUCCGAUCCGGAACAACAAGUCCGCGUCAUCAGUUUCCGACCCAAGCCGCAAUGCUGGGACCACGGAUGCAACGGCCGCGAAUUCUCAACGUUCAGCAAUCUACUUCGCCAUCAGAGGGAGAAGUCGGGUGUUGUGGCGAAGGCAGAAUGCCCCAGCUGUGGGGCCGUCUUCACUCGCACCACUGCCCGGAAUAUCCAUGUCGCUCAAGGGAAGUGCAAGGGCGUGGUACGGGAGCCUUCUGCGGAGUAGGCUCUUC